AUGAUAUUUCUAGAGAUAAUGGGUAUCUCUUUGCCCAUGACGGGAAUGGAGAAAUUAACACAGUUCUUGAUGUUGUUUGUAAAACGCACCCUUCUCAUCCGCUGUCUACGUACAUCAAGGAAAAAAGCCUUUGAUGGAAUAGAAUACUGUUCUCUCUAUGCUGUAACACCUUCGAAAAGGACGUGGAUCGAAAACGUCUAUCGUUAUGUUUUCCUUUCUUGCUUUUUUUUUUCGUUCUCCUUUAUUUGGACAAGUGAGAGUGGACUUUGUCGUUUUUUCAUCAUGCCAACCACCUACAAUAAAGUUCUUGAAAGUGCACGUUAUAUUUCAGAGGUAAAAAGAACAAAACAACUAUACCUUUGCCAUCGCCCCCAAGAUCCCCAUUGUAGACAUGAGGCUUUCAUGGCGGGUGAACAUGGGCGCCUUUAG